AUGGCGCGUUCUGUGGUCUGCGUCCUGCGCUCGCGGCGCUGCCGGCAGAGUCAUGAGGCUCUCGCGCGCCGGGUGCCGCCCGCCUGUGCUGCGGCUCCAUCGAAUUCAACGGGCAGAUAUCCUGCAGACAGCGGAGGUUCGGGAUGCUAUUUUUGUGCUCUAGCGUCUCGCACGUCCUCCUUCUCUUCUGCCGCAGCGAUGUCUCUUUCCCUGUGUCCCCUCUUCGUGUCUCUUAACCAAUCGUUUCGCACCCCGCUGUCACCUGAUUCUUGUGCCUGUCAAAACGCGGUGGCGCCUUCUGGCUCCGCCGCCUUACUGAGGGCAAGCCGCCCUCGCUUGUCAGCUGACAGCCCACCAGCUGCCGCUUUGCCGCUUCGCCCGGCGUCUUCGCUGUCCUGCGCGGCGCGCUCCAGGCUGCGACUGUCAGUGGAGAGUUCUUCAGCUCUCGUCGCUUCUCCGACUUGCCUGCAGCAGCCCCUGUGCGCCGCUUGCGCGGACAUUUUUUGUUCAUCCUCCUUGCCGCAACCGCGGUGGAGUUCACUUUUGAGUCCGCAGAGACCUGCAGGCCUCGUGGCAGGCUCGUCCCCGGCGGGCGGGCUGGGCUGGCUGCAGACGCGAGCGAAGUGCGAUGUCGCGGCGUUGCCGCCAUGGAAGCGCUGGCUACCGAAGCAGCGCGCUCGCCUGGGAGCCGUCGCAGCCGCAGAGAGGAGCGGAGGAGAGGCGGACUGGGACGGACCCGGGGCGGCGCCAGCCGCGGACAUUCGCGGGCUCCUUCUGCUUGCCAACUCCUCGCUCGUGCAGCGAAUUCAGACCCUCCAGCGAAGCGGCCAGCUGCGUCUCCGGCGGCUGCCGCCGCCUUCACAGGGCGGCGGGCGGAAAGGGAGCAGACAGGCGCCAGCCGCGCCGGGGGACGGCGCGGGAGGUCGCCGCCACCCCCACGCGCUUCCGGCAUCGGAACAAGAUCUCGAGGAGUCCAACGACACCCCGCGGCCUCUGACGCGGAGACGGGGGGGCCUUGGUGUGGACGAGAGAGGCGCCGCAGCCCCUUUCAGCGGGGGCGAGGCCAUGUCAACGAGGGCGUCGGCAGGAGCAACAGACGCGCAGCAGGGACAAGGUGGAAGGGGUGCGCGCGCAGUCGCAGUGCCCAGCGCCGUCACAGAGGCGUCCUCCACUCUGCCAUCGUCGAGGCCCUCCGGCUCGGCGUCGCCCUCGCCGUCUCCUUUCUUUGUCGUCGUGCCCUGGAGCACUCCGGAGACCGCGAGCGAGUCUGCGCCGACCGUCUUGCUGCCCAACUUCCGGGCUCUUCUGGGGGCUGCGCGGGCGCCGGCCGAGGCAGCUUCGCAGGACGCCUCUUCGCCGUCUUCUGCGUCUGCUGGAGCGGCUGUCGUUGCCGCGCAUCUGGCUGAAUACCUGGCGGAAGUUGUUCCAUUCCUUCCGGAGCUCGCAGCGUCGAGUGCAUCCUCGGUCCGCGACGCGGAGUCCGGCGCCUUCGCUGCCGCCGUCCUGCGGGCGCUGCUGGUGCAGUCCGCGGCCUUCUUGGAUUGUCCUCUCUCCAGCGGGCAAGCUCUGGCUGUGCUCAUGGCGUUUGCGGCGCUCAGCCCUGCCGCGCCCUUCGAGGGUCAGCACAUGCCUCACCAGCUUGAGCAGGCGAGACACCAGAGGCAGCUGAGAAUCCUUCAGCCUGUGCUUUCGCAGCCGUCUGCGAAGCGUAUCUUUGACGAGCUUCUCCGCGUCGCGUGCAGCCAGCACGCGACGCCAUCCGCGACGCAGGCUUGCGGGGAAGAGAGCGAAGGCGUGCUGCGAUGCGCGGGAGGCUUCGACAGCGGCGCGUCCCCCGCUCUGGUCAGCGGUGUCCCGGCGUUUUCGGCGCGAGCUUCGUUUGCGCUGCCGCCGGAGCCAGUUCAGCCAGUUGAGCUGCCCGCCAUCGACGACGCGGCCGUUCUCCCUCUGCUCGAGGCUUACUGGCGUCUGCAGCUGCGUCAGCCUGAGGCGCUGGCCGCUCUGCUGAAUUGCGUCGCAUCCGAGCAGGUGUGGCUGGACGAGCGCCAGCUGGUGCGCCUCUGUUCUUUCCUCGCGUACUACGAGCGACCAGGCCUCGACGCGGCGGUCGCCAUCGAGGCCGCGACGCGCCUGAAGCAGAAGCAAGGCCGGGACGCGCGCGCCGCAGGCGACUCGGCCGCGCCGCACUCUGAGAGCCGCAGGCCGCCGCCAGCGCGCGUUCAAGGCGAAGAGCAGCUUCCUGCCAGGAGGGAUGCAGGCAGCAGCGCGUCCGCGAGGGGCGCCGUGGCUGCCGCGGUCUUCCGCGUCUUUGACUUGGUUGGCGCACGCCUCGCGGGGGAGCGGUUCGCGUUCUUCUCAGAUGACGACAUCGGCGACCUCUGUCGGGCUCUCGUACAGCUGAAGCGCAACCACGACAGACUCCUGGAUCGCCAAGCGCGGUGGCGUCUGGCGGGCGCAGCAGGCGCGGCGGCGGGCGCUUCGGCGCAGCGUGACGACGCAACGGCAAAAAAAGCGCGAGGCCCCGCGCACAGGGCUCGGGAGAAGGAGGAGGCAAGUUGGUGUACUCCGCCGGAGCCGCGGCGGAGUGCUGCCGGCGGCCUCGCGCCCCAUCAAAACCCGGCGCACCUGGAGCCUCUGGCCGCGUACUUCAGUGUGUGGCGGAGGCCACUGGGAGCGGCGCUCGAGCGCCAGCUGCCUCUAACCCUACACGACUUUCGAUACUGGAACCUGAUUGACCUGGGCGAGAUGAUCGCCGAGUUCCGGACAGACAACGCCGACUCCCCUGCGAUGGACAUGGGGUCUUCUGAAACAGCUCUUGGGGGGGCGACCGGAAGUCGCAGCGGCGGCGAACUGGUGACUGCUCCAGGCAUGUUUGGCUACCACCACGCCACCGGCAUGGAAGCGCUCGUGGCAGCAGACGGAAAGGGGGAAGGAAGAGACCUUGCGCAGAGAAUCGCAAGCGAGGUGUGGAAGUUCUCCAUCAUGAUGCGUUUCGGGUACACAGGGAAAGCUCUGAUGGUUCUCCACAAGCUGGACGUCGGAGAUCCGCGCACGCAGCGAAGUCUCUUGCGGCAUGUGACGAAGCUUUUCGGCUUUGACUGGGCUGGAACCUUCUUUGCAGAGCUCACUGUAGCAGCCGCGAGUGCGGCCUACAGAGCUGGACUCCCCGUGUCGCGGCAAAAGAAAGGCGUCCACGUGGCUGGCUGGCGCUUCUACAACAACUUGGCGCUCUAUCUCCUUCGGCCGGUUGGCGUGGCUGACGCCCCUCCAGGUGAACAUGCCCAGCCGCCCCACGCGGAUCGCGGCCUUUCGAGCUCCGAGCCUCGCAUCUUGGAGGUAGAGACGCAGGCCGCGGAGGACGGCGAGGAAGGCGAGGGCGACGAGUCGAGUCUGGAAGGCAACGAAGGCAAUCUGGGGGCAGUUUCAGGCGAGGUGUUGCUGGCGCCCCAGUCUCAGAGGCCCGUCACUCUGAAGAAGAAGCGGCGACUGCUGCGCGUCAUCGACACGGUGUCCUCCCCGCUCCUCUGCUGCGAGAUUGCAGCUGCUUUCGCGCGCCUCCGAGUGCCGCAGGCAGCUCUGCUGCAUGCAAUCGUUGAUAGAGCUGAGUCGGAGGGGCGCGGGUGGAUGCACCUCCAGCACCUCAUCUCUCUAGCAAGGGACAUGCAGGAGGUGUCGGUGCACUCCGAUCGUCUGUUAAACCUGCUUCUCGACGAAGAGCGCCAGAAAGCCGAGCUGGCGAGUUGCAGUCCGGCUGCCUUGGCUCUCCUGCCGCUGCUUUUGGGCCGGAUUCGAGGAUGGCGGCCGAUCCACGUGCCGACGCUCGUGCGUCUUCACCAGCUUCUUCUCGAUGACAGCGCGACGUUCCCGGCGACGCCCGACUUCUUCAGCGACAAAGACGUCGAGUGGCGCAAGACACUGCGAGCAGCAGCUCAGUACCUCACUCGUGAAGAGGGCGCUUCCAAGCCCGAAGGACAGGGCCGCUCCCCCGAAGCCGAACGGGCUUGGGGGGGAGCCGCGUCGGACCGCGCUCGGCACUCGCCGGAGUUGCUCGGCGAUUCGGGUGAGGAGGCUGCUGACCACGCGGGUCAGGCGGCAGACGGCGCCUGCGGCUCGUCGCAGGCGAGCACUUCCUUCGUCUCUGCGGUGUCUCCACUCCCCGUGCGUCUCUCAGGCGAGACCAAAACAGUUCGCGUGGCGAGAAUGCAAGACGAGAAGGCGGCUGGCGCCGCGGCGGCGGCGUCUGCAGCAGCUGCUCAAGCGGCGCGACGCGAAAACGACUUGGACGCUUUGGUGAUGGUCGCGUCAGCAUUCAAAGGCGAAGGCCGCACGCAAGGGACUGCCGGCGAAGACGCGGCGCGAGCAGAAGCGAAUCCUAGUGGGCCGCCGGAGUCUGCAGGCGCAUGCACGGGGCCGGAGCGGACCCAGAGGCGGCAACACAGUUGCUUAGACGGCCCAAUUCAGACUUGCGCUGCGCUCUUUAGUCAGCCCUCGCCGGGGGGGCGCAGUGCCUCGUCUGCCGACGCGGAGAGGGAGCCUUCCGAGGCAGCCGCAGCUGCGUUGGGCGACGGUGAGCGGCCUCGCCGCGCAGAGGCAGAGGCGACAAAAAGCACUCCUGGGCUUCCAGGUCUCCGCUUAGCUUUGUUCUCCGUAGACGACGUCGUCGUGCUUCUCCGCGGUCUGGAGCUCGCGCGAUGCUGCAGCGGCCCCCUGGCUCUGCGAGUCGUCCAGGUGCUGGAGGCGCGGAAGGCGGAGGUCACCGCGGGGCAUCUGCCUGCUCUCCUCAGCGGCCUCGUGUCUCUCGCCGCCGGAGAGGAACUUCCUCUGGAAGGGGCGGUGCGCCGCUCCGAGUCCGGAGGCGGGGACGCCGAAGCAACGGCCGCGCUGGGCGCGCAAGCCGGUCCGACGGCCCUGCAGCCCGCAGCUGUGGCUGCGAUCGCCGAGGGCUUGAUUCACGACCACGUCGGAGCACUGAGCGACGAAGAAAUCCCGACGUGCAUCUGGGCGGCGUAUGCGCUGGGGAUUCGGGCGCCUGGGUCCUCGUCUCUGGAGGCUUUCGGGGGUCGCAGGAUCAUCAACGUGUCCAACAGCGACAGCGGAGACCUAAGAGGACAGAGUUCGCAGCCGGGAGGCCUGGUCAAGCUGAUUCGGCGAUUCCUUGGCGCGUCGCUAAAUGUGUCCGGUCCCCUACUCCAUCUGCUGCAGGUUGUAGCCGUGUGCCUACGCCUGGAUGCGCUGAAGAAUCCCCACCUUCAGCAGCCGGAAGAGAUCGCGCGUUUUGCUCAGCUCCUUGAUGCGACACCGCGGGCUGCACUGGCGUGCAAUCAAAGUUUGGGAGGCCCGGGCAACAGCCUUUCUGUCAGAUCUCUUCUGGCUCAAUCUGCAAGCCCCAGGGAUCGAUACGGUGACGGGAGCCGCGGGCAAGCAGGCACGAGUCAGGCGUGGACCGUCAGAACGGCGGAGAGUGGCGGCGGGCAGUCGACGGCGCGAGCUGACCCCCCCGCUGGAUACUCCCCGGAGACCAUCGCAACGUCCUUCACCGAAGCCACGCGAAUUCGGGGCCUCCGGCUCCGAGAGGCCGCUGCAGCGUCGCUGAAGAAGAGUGGGGUACAAAGCGUCGCUGACUUGCCUUUCUACCCAUUCAGCAUCGACCUGGCAUUCACUCGGGCGUGUGCGGCUCGCGGGCAAUCAGAGACUGGACUGUCUUUAGCUAUCCAGGAACACACGAACGAACUAUCUAGCGGGUUGGCGGGAUACCAAGGAGACGAAGCACGUGGCGUUGGCAGCCAGCAGCUGCAAGCGCGCGGCGCUGACGGCGACGCGGAAUACACUUCUCCCAUCUCUCUCUCGGGAUUUGCAAAAUGGGGCACCGGACACUCAGAGGGUGACGGCCGCCGAGUCGCCGCUUUGUCCUCUUCCGCGCCCGCCCCGCCGCCUCCUCCUCAGCCCGUCCACUCGCACUCGUGGCAAGUCCCGGAUGCAGGCUUCAAACUCAACACUGCCUUUCAGGGGGCGGGGGAGCACGCUUUCUCAGGAGGCGCCACGCAGAGAUACCCCGGCGUGUCUCCGCGUCAUAGUCUCCAAUCGCUCCCAGGUGGAAGCGCCUACGGCGGGAGUCCCGUGGCUGUCUUUGUCGCGGGCAGCCGCAGGUCGCUUUGCAUGAGCGACCUCCACCUCCUGCAGACGCGCAGCGUCAGAGCGCCCCUGCCUCAGUCAGGCAUGGAGGCGCCUACCGCAUCACGUAUUUGUGCCAAAGAGCAGCGCCCCGCCGUCGCCUCAGACCGAGAGCGAGAUCCUGCCUGUCACUCGACAGAGCAAGGAGAGUGGCAGUCUGAACCAGGUGAUGCGGUUCUCGAUGGGUCGCCUGCAGGACUCGACGAACAUGCAAUGCGGCCGGGCUCGAACACUUCCGGCGUUCAACUCGUCUCUGGGCGCCACCUGAUGCGUUCAGGGUGGCGACUGGGACCGUAUGAGCAACUGCGUGAACGUGUCCUUAGGGAUUUCGGCUGGGAGGUCUACUAUUUGCUGGCGGUGUAG